CCCUGCAUACACAGCUGCCCUUUUUCGCUCCCUUUUUACGUUUUGCUUGCGUCCUAAUCAAAGAAAACUAAAGUGACGAAAUAAAAUUUUUAAUUUUAAAUAACAAAAAAAAAGUGCUCAUUAUACUACUAAGUGUUUUUUUUUAAAUCGAUGUAACCUUCAAUAAAAUAAGUCAUUCAAAUUUUCAGAAAAUGUUUAACACAUUAGAAUCGUUUGACACAAAACUUUCAGCAGAUUCUGUGGAAUGGUGUCCAAUUGAAAAUUUUAGAGAUGUAUUUGUCUGUGGAACAUAUCAAUUAACAGAGGCAGACACAGAUGAUGAACAAGAAUUGACACAAAGAUUAGGGAAAAUUUAUCUCUUUCGCGUUCAAAAUGGAAGAUUAAAUUUGUUACACAGCUAUGAAGGUGCUGCUGUGCUGGAUAUGAAAUGGGCCCAUACGAGAAUUUGUAAUAAAAUUUUACUCGGAAUAGUAACAUCAAAAGGAAUAUUGGAAAUUCACGAAUUGGUCGACGAAUGGAAUCCAAGUUUAGAAUUAAUUAAAAAAGUUCAAGUUGAAGAUUCAGAAAAUUCUUUAUCUUUAUCACUUGAUUGGUCAAUGGGAAAUGCUUUUGAUUAUAAUUGUGAAGUUAAUAUUGUUGUCAGUACAUCACUUGGAUCAAUCUGUGUUUUUCGUUUGACCAAUGAAGGUGUUGAAAAACUUCGAACUUUUGAAUGUCACGAGUAUGAGGCUUGGAUAUCUGCUUUUGAUUAUUGGGACUCAAAUAUAAUUUACUCUGGCGCUGAUGACUGCAAAUUUAAAUCAUUUGACAUAAGAGUCGAUACACCUUUAAUGAUGUCUAAAACACAUUGGGCUGGAGUAACAAGUAUUCAUUGCAAUCCAAGACAACAACGUUCAUUAGCGUCAGGAAGCUAUGACGAAUAUUUAAGGUUAUGGGACACGCGAAAAAUGAGAUUUCCCCUUUCGGAGACGAAUUUAUUUGGAGGAGUUUGGAGAUUGAAAUGGAACCCAUUUGAUGGAAAACAUCUUUUGGCUGCAUGUAUGUAUGGAGGUUUUAGAAUAGUUGAUUGUGAAAAUUUUGAGCGUCCUCAAAUAUUAGCGGAAUAUAACGAGCAUUCAAGUAUUUCAUAUGGUUGUGAUUGGUCUUUCUUAAAUUCAGAAGAACUUGCUCAACGAGAAUUACAUUAUGAUUUAGAUCGACAAGUAGCGCUGGUUGGUACUUGCUCAUUUUAUGAUCAUUUGCUAAAUUUAUCAAUUAUCGAUUUUUCUCAAUAAUCGCAAAUUUUUGUACAUUUUUUUCUACAAUAUUCUAUUUAUAUAUAUAUUAUAUUUGUUAUGAAAUUUAAUAAUUUGAUUCUAACUUAUAAAAUUCGCGUGAUAUUUUGACGAAUUUCUUAAAUUUAUCCUUCAAUUCUUGGCAAUACAACACGAAACGUCUCAAAUAAUUUAAUAACAAAUUCUUGAAUAAUUUAUAUUUAUACAUCAGAGUGAUAGCAUUCAUAAUGAAUUAUUAUAAAUUUUGAUCUCUAAUAAUGUCCUUUUGUUCAAUUUUACUAAUUUAUUGACUAAUUAUAUUAUGACUUCUGAUAUUGUUUUAGAUAUUGUUUUUAUAAGUAUUAUUUAUAUAUAGACAAAUUUUUUGUAAAUUACUUUUUGUUAAAUUUGAGAUGAAUUUUAUUCAUAUUGCCGUAAUAUAUUUUAAAUGCAUAAUAAAAAAUAUUUAAUAAAUU